AUGUUCAGAAACACAAUUGCCAAAUCACUCAAAUUCAAUUCAAGAUUAAUUAUAAAUACAUCCAAAUUCUCAACUUUCAAAACUCAACCAUCAAUAAUAAAAUUAUCUACCAAAACCCCAUCAUUAACUUUCACUCGUUCAUACGCAGGCUUUCCAUCAUUAACAAGAGACGACACAAAGGAAAGAAUUAUAGAAUUAUUAGAAGGAUUUGAUAAAGUAGAUACUGCCAAAACUGGGGAAAUUAAAGAAUCAUCAAAUUUUACUCAAGAUUUAGGUUUAGAUUCAUUAGAUGUUGUUGAAGUUGUUAUGGAAUUAGAACAUGAAUUUAAUAUUCAAAUACCUGAUAAUGAAGCUGAUGGUAUUAAGACUGUUGGUCAAGCUAUUGAUUAUAUAAUGUCACAACCUGAUUCUUGUUAA